CAAAGUCCAUUGCCACUACGGGCUGGAGAGGAAGUUGCUUCUGUCUGGUGAGUGGACUGACGUCUAAGGACAGUCGUCUUCCACGGUUUCCUAGCGCGCCCCUGGAACUGGCCGAAGGGAAGAAGCGUGCUGGAAGGACAGAGAAAUAGAGGAAGCUGAGAGAAAGACACCCGAAGACCUGCCUCACCACUUGUGAAGCAACACCCCUGUGGGCUCAGGUUGAAAACUCAUUGCACAUGACUGGCAGACCUCUCCUGAUAUUUGCCAAUAUGAGACACAAAUAAGGCAAGGAGUCAGAUUUGAAAUUCAUGAAGAGUGACUGCAUUCAAAUCACAAUAUCACAAAAGAAAAAAGAUCCAAUAGAAAUGUUUCAUUCUGGGCAGAUGGUAAAAAUCUGUGCCCCAAUGGUUCGCUAUUCAAAGUUGGCUUUUAGGACACUCGUACGAAAAUAUGGUUGUGACCUGUGCUAUACACCAAUGAUAGUUGCUGCUGAUUUUGUCAGAUCUAUAAAAGCCAGAAAUAGUGAAUUUACCACAAACCAAGGUGAUUGCCCAUUGAUUGUCCAGUUUGCGGCUAAUGAUGCAACACUUUUAUCUGAUGCUGCUCGAAUAGUCUGCCCUUAUGCAAGUGGAAUAGACAUUAACUGUGGUUGCCCGCAGAGGUGGGCAAUGGCAGAAGGUUAUGGAGCUUGCUUAAUAAACAAGCCAGACUUAGUUCAAGAUAUGGUGAAACAAGUAAGAAAUCAAGUGGAAGACCCUGGAUUUUCAGUAUCCAUUAAAAUAAGGAUCCAUGGUGACCUUACAAGAACUGUAGAUCUUUGUCGAAAAGCUGAAGCAACAGGAGUUUCCUGGAUUACGGUUCAUGGAAGAACUACUGAAGAAAGACAUAACCCAGUUCACUAUGAUGCCAUUAAAAUAAUUAAAGAAAAUAUGUCUAUACCUGUGAUUGCUAAUGGGGACAUUAGGAGCUUAAAAGAAGCAGAAAAUGUGUGGCAUACUACUGGGGCAGAUGGUGUGAUGGUUGCUAGAGGACUCCUAGCAAACCCAGCUAUGUUUGCUGGAUAUGAGGAAACCCCACUGACCUGCAUCUGGGACUGGAUUGACAUUGCUCUUGAACUUGGAACUCCUUUUAUGUGUUUUCAUCAACACUUAAUGUACAUGAUGGAAAAGUUAACUUCAAGACAGGAAAAAAGAAUAUUUAAUGCUUUAUCAAGUACAUCAGCAGUCUUAGAUUACCUCUCAGACCAUUAUGAAGUUUAGCUGUACUUUCUAAGCUGUUUUAAUAUAUGCUCAUUUAUACCAACAAUGAAACCAUUCAGGUCACAUUUUGGUUUUUCCUUUAGAGCAAUAGCUCCCUUCCGUGGGAGCAUUUUUACAAACCAUAUGACCCAUCCUCAGAGAUUCUGAUUCAGUAUAUACUUAGGGUGACCACCAAAAUUUAGUUGUAAUAAAGACUCCAGGUGGUUCAAAGAUUACCAUUAUUGUAGCUCCAGACUUUGACAAAAACUGCUUUAAAUACUAUAUGAAUUUUCUUUUUAUAAUGUGAGAAUUUCCCUAAAGAAAUCAUGUUUUUAACAUUUUAAAAUAAAACUUGAUUUUAGUAUUAAAAAAAAAACAAACAUGGCUUAUAGUAUCCAUAAGUUAACAUGAAGGUUGUUUUUAAUGAAUAUAGAGAAAUGUAGUAGAACGAAUUCCAAAUCUGUUGAAUUAAAAGGUGGUAGUGCAUCUGGUUCAGUGCACAUGUUACCAUGAACAGUGACCUUUGUUCAAGUCUCAAGUUCCCACCUGCAGGGGAAAGCUUCAUGAAUGGUGAAAUAGUGCUACAGUGGUCUCCCUGUCUCUACAUCCCCCUCCUCAGUUUGUCUCUAUCAAAAAUAAAUUUAAAAGGGAAGCAAUAAAUUCUGCACAGAAUGCACUUCUGGUUUAGAUUAAAAGUUCACAGUGAAGGGCUGGUAGAUAGCUGCUUACUCAGUAAAACAUAAACUUGACCAUUUCUGAGGUCCUGGGUUCCAAUCCAGCCUUGAGGCCACAUGGAACCAUUAAAGAACUAAAGAUAUCACCAAGGAAACUGGAAGCAGAGCUGUACAGUGUUAUCUAUAUCUGGUCUGUCUCUCCCUUUCUCAGUAAACACACACGUGUGUGGUUUUUUAUUCUCUAAAAUGUAGACAUAUUCUGGAAAAUCAAACCUAACUUCAUAAUUGAAUUAUACAUCUCAAGUUAUUUGUUUUAGACUGUAUUUGAAUGAACUUAAUAAGAUACUGUUGCAGGUUCAAGAAUGGGAGCCAACCAGUGGACUCAACAAGAAGGAACUUUAUUAAGGUCCACAGAAAAAGAGAAAAAGCUUGUGAUCUUAAGAAAUUCUGUGCACAGGGCAAAGAGACAGUACAGCUUAUAUAGGGGGCUGCAGGGCUAAGAGCAGAAAGCAUUCUCUCAGAAGCAAGGCUACAAGGUUAAGAGGUGGGACCUAUACCUAUUGUUCAGGGUCUGGUUGCCUUAGUUACUAUUUUGCUACUUUGAUCUUUUCUUGCAUAGCUGUGUCUGGGAAAGUUUAGUCUCAGGACUUAGAAGCUUCAUGUCCUGUCAGGUUAAGAUACACCAGAGAGAGAGAAUGACUCUGUGUGUGGCUGGGGGCGGGGGGGCGGUACUUUCUCAAGGUCUCUUGUUAUCUGGGGCUUCUCUCCUCCCAGUUUGGUUAGUAACUCUUUCUUUACCUUGAUAUUCUCUUUUUCCACUUGAAUAUGAUGUCUUCUAUGAUUUAAGAUUCCAUGAAACUAUUGAAAUGCCAUUUCAUUUAUAUUUCAAGAUUGUUAGAUCCUUACAAGACUGAGAAUUUGGAUAAUAAUAUUUGUGCCUAAUGUGAUGAAAAUUCAUUUUAGUCUCCCCAGAUCUCAAGCAAUUAAAAUUUUGGUAGUUUAUCUUGAGGUGAUUUUAUAGCUAAAGUAGCGUUAUAUUAUUGUGCUGUAAUAUAUAUUAUAUAGCUAAAACCUUUUUUAAAGAAUAGUAACAAGGUUUAUCUUUUAUUUAAAAUCUAAUUUUCAUACAUGUUUUUAGUGAUAUUUUUUUCAUGCUCCCAAGGUAGUUGAUAAUUUUAAAAUUCCAUGUUUAAGUAUGUUACUAGUAGAAUUUUGUAGGUGUUAAAAGUACCACUGCAAGAAUUAUCUUAGGUUAAAAUAAAACGGUUCCACAACUGUU